CAGCGUCGAAUCAAAAUCGUUUAUAGUUUUCCAUGGAAACGAACUGUCACACUGACAAUGUCAUAGCACCGCGUUCGUUUCAUUAAAUCGAUUGAGUCAAAGUUCGGAAGCGCAAAAUUUAUUUCAGUGAACAAAUGCCGUCCCGACAAGAAAAUCGCGAUAAUGCCGAUCUGAGUGUUCAUCCGAGCUAUACAAAUUUGAAAAUUCCUUACGAUGUCCUGUGUAAACUUGCCUAUCAAGCUGCGAGUCGAAAGUACAGCAAACAAUUUUUGUACGAAUUGAAAAUGCAAGAAGCUAUGCAACCGAGUGCGUAUGACGCGAUGCGUUUCAAUCGAUACUUUGCCAUUACAACAUUGUGGCCACCGUUACACACCCGGAAGGAGAUCGACUACACGCUGAAUAGAAUGUUUACGUUAACGCCGAAACAACAGAAGCGCCUCAACGAACUGAUGACCGAAAGGCAAUUUUAAACGAUCGGCUGUGUCGAUGUCGAAUCGACGGUCAAAUAUUCCAGUUCAAAAUCUUUUUUUUGUUCAACCAACCAACGCAUCAUGGAUGGACGUAAAUAAAUUGGAAUAUUGAAACUCA